GAGGGGGGCGGGGCUCACGUCACUUCCUGGAGACUGGCUGAAUCCGGAAGCGAUUCCCCAGGACCGAGGUGCAGCUGAGGACCCCGGCGGCAGGGCCAGCUUCGGGACCAUGAGCUGGAUUCCUUUCAAGAUUGGGCAGCCCAAGAAACAGAUUGUCCCCAAAACAGUGGAAAGAGACUUUGAAAGGGAGUAUGGAAAACUCCAGCAGCUGGAGGAGCAGACCAAGCGGCUGCAGAAGGACAUGAAGAAGAGCACGGACGCCGACCUGGCCAUGUCCAAGUCCGCUGUGAAGAUAUCCUUGGACUUGCUCUCCAAUCCCCUCUGCGAGCAAGACCAGGACUUUCUGAACAUGGUGACAGCCCUGGACACGGCCAUGAAGCGGAUGGAUGCCUUCAACCAGGAAAAGGUGAACCAGAUACAAAAGACUGUGAUUGAACCCUUAAAAAAGUUUGGCAGUGUCUUCCCGAGCCUCAACAUGGCCGUGAAACGGCGGGAGCAGGCCUUGCAGGACUACAGGAGGUUGCAGGCCAAGGUGGAGAAGUACGAGGAGAAGGAGAAGACAGGGCCGGUGCUGGCCAAACUCCACCAGGCCCGAGAAGAGCUUCGGCCUGUGCGGGAUGACUUUGAGGCCAAGAACAAGCAGCUCCUGGAUGAGAUGCCGCGGUUCUACAACAGCCGACUGGACUACUUCCAGCCCAGCUUUGAGUCCCUGAUCCGAGCACAGGUGAGGCCGCUGCCACCCCGCAUGAUGGCCCAACACUUCUUCCCUCGGGAGGCAGUCGCGGGCUUUGGAGACCCAUCUCAUGCCAGCCCCGCCCUGCUCCCCACACCGGAAGCGGGGCUCAGUCACUCUCUGCCCCCAGCCCUGCCCCCGAGGGAGGAAUGCAGGGCGCCCCCGGUUGUUGGCUGGAAUUCCCGUUUCGGUCUCUCCGUUGCUCUUUGGUUAAUCCCAACUUUCACAUGAGGUCCCUUGUCGUCCAAGAGUUCUUCGCUGAAGUUCUCUCUCUCCAUGAGCAGCAAGAGGAAACCAGGCCGCACCUCCAGCGCCUCACCCUGAUGGGCAGGUCGCUUGCCUGGCGGGCCCAGGUCAGGGACAGGGGCCACAGGUGAAGGCCUUUUUCCGAGGACCCUGCACCCCCUCCCCUCCCUAGUCAGUCCUUCUCUUUUGGUGGAAGACUAGGGGGUGUCUUGACUUUUAGCAACCCUUGGAGGGGUCCCUAAACCCCGGCGAGAGCCAUGCGCAGGGCCCCCACCUGGGCGCCAGGCCGUGGUGCAUCUUCCAGCGGAAAGGCGCUCGGGUUGGGCGCGGGUGGAUGUGCACCAUGGUAGCACCGGGCCCGAGACCCCAUGCCUCCUGCUACUCAGGGGUGUAAAGACAACGUGUGGCUCCUGCCCUCCUUCCCCUCCCCACGUCCUUCAAGCCCUUGGCAGGGAGUGUUCUCCCCAUCUGUGAAAGAGAAAAGGUUGAGGUGCCAAAACCAAGAGGUCUUCUCCACGUGGGAAACACCCCCCGCCUCCCGCCCGCCAGGUGACUGCAGGUGCUCAGCACUCUGCCACCUUCCCCACCAGGUAACAAAGCUGAAGGCUCAACAUGUCCCCGUCUGCCUCCAGCCCGCCUCGGCGCUGGGCCUGAGUGUCUGGCGCCCUCCAGUGGGCACUCUCGUUCUUACACAGUCCACAAUCACAGAUACCCAGGAAAAGCCUGGUUCCUGCCUCCCAGCCUGUGUCUUCAGAGAACACCAAACCCCAUGGGAAUCAUGGGAUCCGGACACUUGGGAUCAGGACCCCUGAGCAGGAUUAAUGUUGGAUCCGGGACUUGUUAGUGACCGUGUCCUUAGGGGCUCAGGGAAAAUGAGGCAGAGAGCUACGUGCAUAGGGACGUGGAAGGUUCCCACGCUUGCCCCGAGAGCACAGCCCCUGGAGCUGCGGGCUUCCUUUCAGCAGCUUGGCCUGGGCCGGGGACGGUGUGUUUCAGGAGACCUGUGACUUCCCUGUCCUGUGCCGCUGCCCCC